GGAGAAUCUAGUACCGCGAAUUCAAGCGAGUCAUUUCGCACAAUUAAAUUUCAAGACGGUGAUAAACUCACAGCUAAGUUGACACGAAAUUUUUCUCGUAAUUAAUAUAAAAAGUUCCCGGAUGGUUUGAUCAAAAAGAUAGUGUGAUUAACUGACAACAAUUUGUUGAUAAGGACUCUGACUUGAACGCCGCCCGCCGUGACGCAUCGUUUCCGCAACGUCAGUUGCUCUCGUGCUUCUAGCGAAAGGGAAAAUGUCGGCGUAUUAGUGGGGUUUUGUUGUGCCACUAGAGAGUGACUUUUGGCUAUUGUUUCCCGAUUUCAUCGAAGAAAAUCUCAAGAUUAUUACGGCUUUGGAAAGAGUCAGCAUCGUUCAAUUUGCCAGUAAAUGGCGUAUAAGUCCUAUCGGGUACGCUUAGUACUUUAAAUCAGGUUUGAUUCCGACGUGAGCCAGUCGCAGAGUCCGCCGUCGGUUCUAGCGGAGGAAGGACAGAAAUAGGGAAGGCAAGAGCAAUAUGUCGAUGCAGUUGGCGAUGUCAGUGGCAAAGAAUGAAUUUAUCGUGGGUGGCAAAUACAGGCUGUUGAGAAAGAUUGGCUCGGGAUCCUUUGGCGACAUUUACCUCGGUAUCAACAUCUCUAAUGGUGAGGUAUGGACAAGAACGAGAGUAUAAUGUACUUGUCAUGGACCUUCUUGGUCCAUCUCUUGAAGACCUUUUCACUUUUUGUACCAGAAGAUUCACAAUAAAAACAGUCUUAAUGUUGGCAGAUCAAAUGAUUGGUAGGAUUGAAUAUGUUCAUUGCAAACAUUUUAUUCAUAGAGACAUCAAACCAGACAAUUUUUUAAUGGGUAUUGGCCGUCACUGUAACAAGCUCUUUCUUAUUGAUUUUGGAUUAGCUAAAAAAUAUAGAGAUAGUCGUACAAGACUGCAUAUAAUGUAUCGAGAAGACAAAAAUUUAACAGGUACAGCAAGGUAUGCGUCAAUUAAUGCACAUCUUGGAAUAGAACAGAGCCGUCGUGAUGAUAUGGAAUCACUCGGUUAUGUGCUUAUGUAUUUCAAUCGCGGAUCUUUGCCUUGGCAAGGGCUUAAAGCUGCUACCAAAAAGCAGAAAUAUGAAAAAAUAAGUGAAAAGAAAAUGUCCACGCCCGUAGAAGUUUUAUGUAAGGGAUUUCCUGCUGAAUUCGCGAUGUAUUUAAAUUAUACACGAGGUUUACGUUUUGAAGAAAGCCCAGAUUAUAUGUAUCUUCGUCAACUGUUCCGUAUACUUUUCCGUACAUUAAAUCAUCAAUAUGAUUAUACUUUUGAUUGGACUAUGUUGAAACAAAAAAGUUGUGUUGUUGGAGGAUCUGCAGGUGGUCCAAGUCAACCUACACCAAAUACUCAAGGGCAAGGACAAGCCCAAGCUCAGCCACCCGCUCAGACCAACGCUCAACCAGAAAGGAUAAAACUAUAAUUACUUGUCAUUGCAUCAAUCCUAUUUGCAGUCACUAAAGUAUCCAAGACCAGGUACUCAACUUUGUACGAAUGCCAUGCAAAGAGUCAAAUCAAUCAAUCCUCUAAGUUUACAUUAAGGAGGAGAUUAAUGAUUACAAGCGUAUCGUACACGAGUAAAGGACAAUGCUACGGAUACAUGUUUGUGAAUUCGCUGAUUAGUGAAAACUUCAGUGUAUUCUCAGUGCUUAGAGUUUUGGUUGAUCCACCUCUUUGGGCUUAAAAUCCAAGUGAGAUCAGCCAGAGGUGGCUUGUUCUUAUUUUGUUAUUACCUAUUUAAUUCACCGUUGAUAAUAAUUGAAAUAAAGGUUUUGAUGCCCCGAAGACCUUUGUAAAAGAUUACACGUAACGGUGUAAUGUGUGAUUUAAUCGAAACUCCGACAAACAAUUUUCAUAGAAAGAAAGAGAGAACGUUUUGACUAUUCUUAAACAUUCGGGGUAAUUAAUUGAGUACGUCGUAUAAAAUUUUAUAUCUAUUCUACAAAUAGAGAAAAGAAUGUGAGGAUGAGUGAAUGAUUAUGUGAGAGUAUGAAAAAAAUAUAUAAGUGUACUGAGAGAUAAAUACAGUUUGUUGCUUCCUGAUUUUUGUUUUAUUCUCAGUACAAUACAGUAUAAAUAUGACGAAUGCAAACUUUGAGAGAAAUGUUAAUAUUUUUCUUACAUAAAUUAUCAUGUCAGUAGUAUCAAAGAUUUUUCUUUGAUAUUAUUGAUUCUAGUAACACCUUUUUUUUAUAUAAGUAUAUAUAUACAUACUUAUAUAUGUGUGUAUAUGUAUAUACAUAUAUAUACACGUAACGUACACAUAAAUACAUUCGUGCGUACGUAUGAGUAAAUGGAAGUAUCUUUAACGUAAGUACUGGAAGUAAUAUUACUAUUAAGGCAGCAAUUUAAUUUUUAGAUACGUUGUAUCGAUCAAGAAACGAACAAAUUAAUAGCGAGUCUGACCUAACAAACUUCACUCUUUACUCUCUUUCUUUCUGUGAGUAUAUUUAGUCGAUCAUGAUAAAUGAAAUGAAUAUUAAACAGACUUUUCUGUAUUGGAGAUGGAUUACAGAUUUGCUUUACAUUUGAAUAAAAAAAAAUAUAUAUAUAAAAAAUAGUACAUAAAAUACUUGAUGUAUGGAAGGCAACUCUGUAACCAGAUCCAGCCAAAGGACUUCUUCCGUAUAGUUUUAAUGGCAGAGACUGUGCAGUGGUAUUUCCGUACUAUUGCUUCGAUAUUAAGUUUAUAUUACGUGACUUCAAUCGGUUAGUUGGUUGUUGGUAUGCAUAACAAAAUGUCGUAUACGAAGUCACGUUACACACGGUAGAAGUUUCAAAAAAUCUCGUUUCUGUCAUUGAAAAUUUUCUUUUACAUCAACCAUUCUAGCGCCAAUAUUCACAUCUAUGUUCCAAGCACUACUUCCAAAAUGAUGUAUAAUCAAUAGUGUUAACUCAUGUCCUUACUAUAAAAAUAUUCUUAAAAAAAUAAUAAAAAAAAAACAAAAAAAA